GAGGCAAUUUGUGAACUCCAGUUAUCACAUUUUUUUUGUAGUGAUAAAGGGAGGGAAAAUGACAAUUUACCUUCCCCUGAACAACCUUCUGCUAAAAGCCACAAUCAAAUGAUAUGUGAUGGUCGACAGACGAGCAGAAAGGGUCCGGCGGAAACUGAUCUGAAAGCCAGUUGCUCAGAGGAUUCACGCCAGACAGAGGAUCAGCUCCAGAGAUGAAAGUGAGGUCAAGGUUAGGAAACCCUGUGUGCUCCACCUGGGAUUGGAGGCCGGAACUGCUCUGUCUCCUAGUAUCAUAAGUAAACUAAACUGCAAACCAUAUGGACUUCAUUGCUGUCCAGGCUGAGCAGAGGGAAGCUGCAGACAGGCUGAAGGGGGAUGCAGUGGUGGAACUUUAUCCUGCUCCUGUCAGUAUGCUCAGCAGUACUCUCUGGAGAAGAAGAAUACCUAGCUCAAGGAGUGGAUAUCCUCUAUCGAUUGGGGCUCACAUCUCAAAUCAGCACAGACAAUCCCUACGAGAGGACAAGCUCACCUUCAACUACUUAUACAACCGUUCCCUCACCUUUGAAUCUUCCCGUUUCAGGAUAUGGGGUAUUACUCAACUCAUACUCCCUCUAUGAGGCUCCAGCAGGCAGUCUGUUCCCGCCAGAGAUUGGUGAGGAGUUUUCUGUUGUGGUUAGCCUAAGCUCCUGGCGAGCAAACAAUGCUUUUCUUUUUAGUGUCAAAGAUGGCAGGGACAGGCUGCGUUUUGGCAUUCAGCUGCUGCCACGCAGAGUGGUGGUUUACACUGCAGAGAAAGCCCCCGUCUAUUUUACCUACAACUGGCAGGAUGGGCGCCAGCACCCUUUUGCUGUUGGUGUUCGUACACGCUCAGUGUCCUUCUAUGCGGAUUGUGGGGCAGUGCAGCAGUGGGAGCAGACCCUGGGGAGAUCUCAAACACUGGGGGAUUCUGGGGGUCUCUUCACUCUGGGCAGGAUGAACUCCAAAGCGGCACCAUUCUAUGGUCGAGUCUGCCAACUAGACAUCUAUCCCUCAGCCCAAGCUGCCGCGCACUACUGCAACUACCUUAAAACACAGUGCCGGCUGGCCGACACUUACCGAUUGCCUUUGCAUCCUGGUUUGGAUAUUGAGGCAAAUAACUCUCCUUCUAGCCCCUUGACAAAGUCCCUCGUUGGAGUAGCAGCUACCCAUCAUACCCCCGUAAAAGCCACAGCAGCUUUCAAACUGUCCCCAGGUAGUUUGAUCACACAGUAUUCAACUCCGAACCCAUCGGUACAACCUCACGUCGGGGACCGGAGCCACAUUUCCACAUUGGAUCCCCUUGCCCACUCCACCACAUCCUCGCUUCAGCCUGAGAGCCCCACCAUAAUCACUGUCAGCGGGCGAGCAGUUCUGGAUCUCACAUAUAGUGCAACUAUCACCACUGCCGAAAUUGUGUUGGCAAAAGGGAGUAGCCCCCACACUGAUCACUCUGAAAACAGCACAGAGGAAGAGAGCAGCUCUGGGAGCCUGCAGACUCCAGAUGCUACCCCAGGCCUGAUUUCCCCAGUCAGGCAAAGUCGAGUGAAGGAAGGACUCAGGAACAACUCCGUCACCAGCUCCAGGGACUUUGUGCUCCAACAGACUCAUCUGAGAGCCAAUGGCACCACUUUGUACCGGGAAAAUCAAGUGGACACUUCAGAACAGCAUGAUCUGGAUGGCAGCUAUGAUGAUGUAGACACCAGAGGAUAUGAUUAUGGAUAUGAGGAGCCCGAAUAUUUCUAUGACUACGAAGAUGGUUUCCGUGGCCCCAAAGGAGAGCCAGGUCCUCUGGGUCCUCCUGGUCCCCCUGGUUUACCUGGUCCGCCAGGAAAAAGAGGUUCUCGGGGUCCCACUGGUCCACAUGGAAACCCAGGACAGCCUGGACCACCUGGGCCAAAGGGUUCAAAGGGAGACCCUGGGCUGUCUCCAGGCCAGGCGCCACCAGGAGAGAAAGGUGACAGAGGCCCACCAGGUCUGCCUGGGCUGGAUGGAUUUCCCGGACUAAUGGGUCCUAAAGGUUAUCCAGGGCCACCCGGACUGCCAGGGGAACAAGGCAUACCAGGACCUCCUGGGGAAGCUGGGGCUGCAGGUUACCCUGGCAGGCAGGGGCCUGUUGGUGGGACUGGUAUUAGCGGUUUUCCUGGCCUGAGGGGGGACUUAGGACCUGAGGGACUUCGAGGACUGCCUGGUCUGGGGGGACCUCAGGGCCCAGCAGGACGAGCCGGCCUGCCUGGAUUGAAAGGUGAUAAGGGUGAAGUGGGACAAAGAGGCCAACCAGGAGAGAUGGGGUACCAAGGUGAUAAGGGUGCUGCUGGUGUGCCUGGUCCUACUGGGCCAAGAGGGAAGCCAGGACCACCGGGUAGAACUGGUGAGAUGGGGGCGCAAGGACCACCUGGGCCUCCAGGACCAGAGGGGUUUCCUGGGGACAUUGGAGUACCAGGGCCCAACGGUCCACCUGGACCAAAGGGUUUGCAAGGUGCCAGAGGGCCCCAAGGCCCACCAGGGCCACAAGGAACACAGGGUGAUGAAGGACCACUUGGCCCACCUGGCAGCGCUGGCCCUACUGGAAGACCUGGAAGGAAAGGCUACAUAGGUGAACCUGGCCCCGAGGGUUUAGAGGGAGAGAAAGGGGAUAUGGGAAAUGUUGGAAAAAUUGGACCACAAGGUCCACUAGGCCUGAUUGGGAUAGCUGGGGUGAUGGGAGUUCCUGGUGAAAAGGGAGAUCGAGGACCAGCAGGUCCAACAGGUCCAGUCGGAGAGAAGGGGCCAAUGGGCUAUCCAGGAUUGCCAGGAAGUCCAGGGGACAUCGGAAUGCAAGGUGCUCCUGGCGCUCAGGGGCAGAGGGGUAAUCCAGGCACUUCUGGGCCAAAGGGGAGGAGGGGGCCCCGGGGUCCAGAUGGCCCACUGGGAGAACCAGGCCCUGAAGGCACCAAGGGUGAAAGGGGUGACAUUGGACAAAAAGGAGAGGCAGGAUUCAUAGGCAAGCCUGGCAUUCCAGGAGAGAGAGGCACUCCUGGGAAGCAUGGUAAACCAGGUAUUCCGGGCAGCAGCGGGGAGAGGGGACCCCACGGUGAACCAGGACCCAAAGGACCUCCUGGAGAGGCUGGACCUGAUGGAGAACAAGGGCCUGAAGGUGGGCCUGGUGCAGAGGGGGAACCAGGUGCCAUCGGAGAGCCGGGGUUAAAGGGUGAUGUUGGGCCUCCAGGAGCUGAAGGGGAGGAGGGACAGGAGGGAAUGAGGGGUCCUCCUGGUCCACCUGGUGAAGAUGGCCCUCAAGGAAAAGAUGGAGCUAAGGGUGAGCCUGGUUAUCAUGGGCCAAUCGGAGAGUCAGGGGAAAAAGGCAUAGAAGGGGACCCUGGGCCCCCAGGACCACCUGGAGAGCCUGGGAAACAAGGCUUUCGUGGGCCAGAAGGAAAACUAGGGCCCCCAGGGAACAGAGGACGGCCCGGAAAGAAGGGAGAGAGAGGUCCUCCAGGUCUUGCUGGUGAGACUGGCACACGAGGAGACAUCGGGCAGCCAGGCGAGCCAGGGCUGAAAGGCACAAGGGGAACUCGAGGCACAACAGGUCAGCCUGGAGUCAUGGGGAUAGAAGGACAGCCAGGACUGGCAGGAUACACAGGUCACCCUGGCAAGCCUGGACCCAUUGGGCCACCAGGGCCCAAAGGUGAAAAGGGUUAUCCAGGCGAGGACAAUAAGACCCCAGGACUGCCAGGGCCCUUAGGUGAACCAGGGCCCCCUGGAGAACGAGGAGAGCGUGGAGAGCCAGGGGAUGAAGGAUAUCAGGGCCAUAUUGGUACCACUGGAUCUCGUGGAGCUGUUGGACCUCAAGGCCCACCGGGAUCACCUGGCUUCCCUGGAGAACCAGGUCCAAAAGGAGAGAUAGGAGUUCCGGGCUCAGCAGGAAAGAAAGGAGCAAGGGGGCUGAGAGGAGCUCCUGGCAGUGAAGGGCCAAGUGGCUUAUCUGGACCCGUGGGAAUGGAGGGUUACCCAGGGCCGAAUGGUCCCCCGGGGCUGAUUGGCUUACCAGGAUUACCAGGAAAACAAGGGCGACAGGGUCAGAGAGGCUUGGUGGGACUGGAGGGAACUGCUGGACGUCCAGGCCCCAGAGGAGAGGUUGGACUUCCUGGACUACCUGGAGAAAGAGGACCACUUGGUCAGAAGGGAGAACCAGGCCUGCCAGGGGACAGAGGAGCCUCAGGAAUCAAAGGCAUGGAGGGGGCUAUAGGUGACCAGGGCAGGAAAGGUGACCCGGGACCCAAAGGGCAACCAGGGGAAUCUGGAGAUCGGGGAAUGGUCGGUUUACAGGGCUUUCCAGGGCCAAUGGGGCCAAAUGGUGAUUUGGGAUUGAAAGGCUUCCCUGGCCCUAAAGGCCCAAUGGGUAAUCUGGGAUUCACUGGACCUGUAGGCCCUGAAGGAAUGAUGGGCCCAAUGGGAAAACCUGGGCCAAGGGGUCCAAAGGGAAUCAAUGGUGAAAUGGGGCCUCAAGGACCACAGGGAAGUCCAGGACCUAGAGGACCUCCUGGUGCUCCAGGUCCAACAAGGCAUAUAUAUGAUGACUUAGCAGUCUACGGUCUAUCUGACUCUAAUGCUGCGCUCAGGACGGAGGGUUUCCAAAACACGGAGAUGAGCCUGCCAGACCAGAAUACUGAGAUACUUAAGACUCUACAUUACCUAAGCAGCAUAAUUGAGAGCAUCAGAAAGCCUCUGGGCACACGGGAGAAUCCGGCUCGUGUCUGUAAAGAUCUGCUUGACUGUCAUCACAAGCUUAAUGAUGGUUGGUUCUGGAUUGAUCCAAACUUGGGCUGUACCUCAGAUGCCUUCAAGGUCUUCUGUAACUUUACUGCAGGAGGACAGACCUGUUUAUAUCCAGUGGCCUCCAAUAAGAUGGUGUUUGGUGAAGGGAGAGUCCAAAUGAAGUUUCUACAUUUAAUGAGUACUGAGGCCAGCCACAGCAUAACAGUCCACUGCCUAAAUGAUCCUCCCUACGGAACCACAGACAACUUCAGCUCCACUGGAUCCAUAGUGCAAGAGAAUACCACAUUUCGAUUUCGUGGCUGGAAUAAACAGAUGUUUGAAAAAGACACAGUACUUGAACCACAUGUGCUACAAGAUGAGUGCAAGAUCCAAGAUGGUAGCUGGCACCAGUCACAUUUCUUCUUCCAUACUCAGGACAGUCGUCAGCUACCUAUUGUAGACAUACAGGAAUUCCCCACAUCACAGCCCAAUAGUCAGCGGCAUAUAGAAAUCGGUCCAGUCUGCUUUCUCUGACACCAAUAUCCCCGUUCUGUAACCUAUUUACACGAACUACUAAAAUGCAAGGCUUCUACAAAAAAAAUGGCUGCCUACCAAAGAGCAUGUGUCCAUCAGAGUUUGUCAUGUUCCUUGGAAACUGUUAAUGGGAUCCGUCAGAGCAACAACUGCCCAAUGUCAGAUCUACAUGGAAGAACUCAAUCUCUGUGGAACAUACAGGCCAAGAUGGCCAAAGGAGAACAGUGUAUACCGAUAUUUAUCAAUAAUUGUUUAAAGUAUGUUGUGUCAAUAAUUGUUAGUCAAACGGUGCUUAGGUUGGCUGUAUAUGGACAGAAAUUACUCCCUGAUCGCAGGGUAGGGCCUCACUAAGCAGCAGCCUAUCCAAACUCCCAAAACUCACACCUCUUUUUCACCCAUCACCCCCAAACACUCCCAGAGGCAAAGCCUAACCCGAAGGAGCGUUUCAGGCCCUUACAUAGGAGCACUGUCUAACUAAAGGUUUUUAUGAGUGCAAUAGCAUGUGGAUAAUGUGUGACUGCUUUAAAUAUUUCAUUUUCUUUCAAAGGCUAUAAUUUACAUUGUUUUCAUGAUAUUUUUGUCUUUGGUCCUGCCCAGUUGGACCUGUACAUCUUGACAGAUGGUGCUCUACCUCUACCUGCUCAUUUGCUUUCUCGAAUAGUUGCUAAUGUUCUUAGCAAUGUUAAUGUGCUAAAGUUAGUCUCUUUUUUUGCCUGUGUGUUGUAUGUACCGGUUACAUCAAGAUUUGUUAUGUUGUAUAAGUACUUAUUUUGAUUUGGUCAUUUCUAAUUUAUGAACCAUUUUUUGAUACACUACAUAUUUUUUGUAGCUUUUCCUUCUAUGUGGUAGGCUCUUCAGGGGAAACCUAUCAUUGGUGCUGCAACAAAGAAUGAGUCAUCAGUGAGUUUUUACAUUUCCUGUGUAUAUAUUGACAGCAUACUGUUUGUUUAUUUAUAUCCUUUUUGUUUUUUGUUCACAUUACUGUACCACAGUAAGUUAUACUCUCAGAGAACUAUUUGGUCAAUCACAACUCAGUCUGAAGAAGUAUUUAUGUUUAAAAGGUGUGUGUGUGUGUGUGUGUUCACACCUGUGACUGUAUGUUUAUCAUACUCUUAUUUCAGUUCAUUCAGUGGUGGUUAGGUGGACUGGCAGCUAUAGAAGGCCAGAGUCAGAAUACACAGACAACACAGUCAUCAUUAAUCUUAAGUUAUGCAAAUGUGUAAAUAAUAAAUAAGUUGACAAACAAAUAAAUGGAACAUUUUAUCCACAAA